GCGCAAUAAUGCGACUGUUGUCAAAAAAUGGUAAAUGACGGAAAAAUGGCGUCUGCAGUUGAAUCCAUGGUUGUCGAUGAAAAACAGCUUCCAGAUAAGCCAGUAGACAGAGAAAAGACAUGUCCACUUUUGUUACGAGUUUUUUGCAACACAGGAAGGCAUCAUAAUAUGAUGGAAUACAGUAGGGGAAAUGUUCCUUCAAACGAAUUACAAAUAUACACAUGGAUGGAUGCAACUUUACGUGAAAUUACUGGAUUGGUAAAAGAAGUGAAUCCUGAUGCAAGAAGCAAAGGAACUUAUUUCGAUUUUUCAUUAGUUACUCCAGAACAAAGAACACCUGGAUAUCGAAUGAAGGAAAUUGGAGUUACUUGCUCUGGACAAAAAGGAGCUGAUGACAAUAAAACUCUUGCACAAGCUAGGUUUACAAUAGGAGACUACCUUGAUAUUUCUAUCACUCCGCCAAAUAGAAUGAUUCAACCAGGCAUGCGACGUGGUGGUCUCAGACAAUACUGAUAGUGAGAUUUAUUAUUAUUUAAUAAAUCAUUCAUUGCAUUUAAUUUACAUUUAAAAUUUAUACUUUUAAAACAUAAAUCUCCAUUUUUAUCGACAAAAAUAUUGACAAUAGACAAAGAGAGCCGUCAAAUGUAAGAAAAAAAAAAAAAAAAAAAUCAACAAUUACAAUAAUUUAUCAUUCAACAAUAAUUAUGAUAAAAAUAAUUAAUAAGUUAAUUUUAUUGAUUAAUAAAUUUAAAAAAUGUGA